GUGGAAGACAGCUCCAUUCUAAAGAGGUGUAUCAGUCUCUUAUUGUCCCUUGGUCCCCUCCAGAAUGGGUGCUGGGAGGGCCCCCUGGGUGGUGGCUCUGCUAGUGAACCUCAUGAGGCCAGAUUCCUUCAUGGUUGAAGGCAGAGACUCCCCAGAGGAUUUUGUGAUUCAGGCGAAGGCAGAGUGUUACUUCACCAACGGUACAGAAAAGGUCCGCUUCCUGGUCAGGUUCAUCUUCAACCUGGAGGAGUACUUACAUUUCGACAGUGACCUGGGGUUUUUCGUGGCACUGACGGAGCUGGGGGAGGUGGACGCUGAUCAGUGGAACAAACGCCUGGAUCUCCUGGAAACAAGUAGAGCUGCUGUGAACAUGGUCUGCAGGCAAGAGUACAAGCUGGGGGCCCCCUUCACCGUGGAGAGAAAUGUGCCUCCGGAGGUGACGGUGUACCCAGAGAGGACCCCAUUGCUGCAGCAGCACAACCUGUUGCUCUGCUCUGUGACAGACUUCUACCCUGGGGACAUAAGUGUCAGGUGGUUCCGGAAUGGGCAGGAGGAGAGGUCCGGGGUCAUGUCCACUGGCCUUGUUAGGAAUGGAGACUGGACCUUCCAGACGACGGUAAUGCUGGAAAUGAUCCCAGAGCUUGGAGACGUCUACAGUUGCCUUGUGGAGCACCCCGGCCUCCUGAGACCUGUUUCUGUGGCAUGGGUGGCUCAGUCUGAAUAUUCCUGGGAAAAGAUACUGAGUGGAGCUGCAGCAUUCCUGCUUGGGCUGACUGUCUUUCUGGUGGGAGCUGUCAUCCACCUCAAGGCUCAGAAAGCGUCCGUGGAGACUCAGCCUGGCAAUGAGGCUUCAAGGGCGCUUCUCCCACCUCACCCCUACUAAGAUCCUAAUGGAAGCUUCUCCCCCAGAGCCUGAAGAAGUGUGAAAAGGCUGGGGACCCGGGUUGGGUAAAGAAUGCUGGCCGAAGGGUCUGUGAGAUGUGGUCAUGGAUCUUCCCCUUCUGCUCUGCACCUCAGUACCCCCUCAUUUUCAGGAUGUGGUCCAGAAACUUCCUUAGGACCUAACCCGUUCCAGAUCUAAGUUGCUUUGGUCUCUGUGGCUCAACCCUAACCCUGUGACUGGGAUACCCCCGGCCUCUCUGUCUCCCAACCCCAGCUUCUAGUCUUCCAUACAGUUGCCUUAAAAUCCUCGUCAGAAAGUAAAACAGUCACAGGUAACCACAGUGAAUGUAUAAUUCAAUGACUUAUUCAAGGCAAAACCCAUGUAAUCACCUGCUCAGGUUAAAAAAAAAAAUCAGGGCAGAAGGAACACCCAUUCAGAGCCUGCCCCACAUGUGGCCCAUACAUAUACAGCCACCCAAUUAGACAAGAUGGAUGAAGCAAAGAAGUGCAGGCUGACAGGAG